AUGACAGAUACAUCUGUGGACGUUGCCUCAGGGUUAACGGAUAUUGUACCUGUGAGUGUCCACAACGAUGAAUCAACAACACAACUAACACAGACAAUAAUGGUAUCAAAAAUAGUUCCAAAAGAACACACAACACAGGAACCAACAUCAACCGUCAUUCAUUCAACACAGGAACCAACAUCCAUUGCCAUUAACACAAAUUUAGAUCCAGAAUUUGCCGUUGUACAAACAGAACAGAAAUCAUUAUCUGAUGUACCAAGGAUGACACUAUCUACGAAAACUGACCAUGGAGUUUUCCCUUUGGAGGAAACGACAAUUAGGAAUGUUCAACAACAACAAGUAUUAAAUAAUGUCAAAACAAGCGGUAUUCCAUUAACACCCAUAACGGCGGGGACUGUAGUAGGUGUUUCAGCUGUUGGUGUUAUUGCAUAUUUCGGUGUUGCAAAAUUGGUUUCAAAAUUGAGAUGGUCAUCUGCCGUAAAACCAAAAGAUCAACGAGACAAUAACAUGACAAGACCACGAAUAAAUAAAACCGACGACUACGGAUUGACAUUUAGACCAUCAGAAGACGACGACGAGAGACGACGCCGACGACAGUUAGAAGAGAUGAUUGAUUUGAAUCAUGUUUAAGUAAAAGGCGUGCUCUUAAGGGCAUAACAGAAAACUCAAAAUAUACUCAACAAUUGGUGCCUUUAGGACAAAAACAUAAUAUAUACUGAAAACAUGGUGUCUUUUGGACAGAAAACAUAAUAUAUAUUCAUCAAAUAUUGCUUGUAUGACAUAUCAAAUGGUGCCUUCCUUCGGAAACUAAUAUUCAAUAUAAUUUUUCA